CUUGUGUCUUCAACCUUUGCCCACAGUAUUGUCCAUGCCUUCCAGACAUUUGAACUAGUUUGGGAAGAGCUAUGUGCUGACAUACGGGAAAGUUGUCCUCUCAACUCGAGUCACUGUCCCUUCAAUCCGAGCAGCAAUGUCCACAAUACUGAAGCCAAAUCCUGAAUUGGCUGAUUUGAUUCAUAAAAGUUGCUAAGGAUUGAGUAAUUGGUAUGGAUUAAAACCAGCACUUUUUCCUAACACAAAGUACGUCUAUGGGAUAUUAAUUGGGUCAAUGGAGCCGUAUCUGAAAAAGACGUAUUUGUACUUAACUAUAUCUUUUUCUAGGUGUUGGAGCCUUGGUAGAAAAUCCCAAAUGCUUUUAUCAAUCACUUCAAUGGAUUUUCAAUCGCUGUUGUUAAUCAAAAUAAGAUGGAAAGGCUAUGGCCUGUAAGUCUGAGAUAUAUUUGUAAUGAGUUAUUUUCACAACAUGGUUGGCAAAAUUAUGUCAAAGAUAAUUGUGUGGAGUGUAGGGAUUUUUUUAGUUUUUAACUAUGAUGGUGAUCAUAAAUUUGAUGUUAUGAUUUUCGGGAGAUCUGUAUGUGAGAAGAUAGAAUCUGGUGAUUCCGUGGGCAUGGACAAAGAGGUGAAGAUGGAGGAUGAUGACAUUGUUGGUGUUGAUGUUUCCGAUGAUCAGAGCAACAGUGUAUCUAAUGAAGAAGAUAGUGAUGACAGUGAAUAUAAUGCAGGAAAAGAGGAGGUGAAGGAUACAGCAUCAGAAGAAGAAGAAGCAGCAGCAAUGAACUUGAUGACAAGAGGCAAGAAUAAAUGUGGAAACAAUGGAGGAUCUAAGAAAAGGGCUGCGAAAAAGGAUGGAGUGCGUGAAGGAGCUAAUGAUGUCUUGGCUGGUGUGAAUGUAACAUUGCCAACAAUCAGUCCUAUAAUGAGCAAUGCCAACAAUUAG